GGGGGCCCCUCCCCCGCAGCCCCUCCCCUCAGCAAAGUACCUUAAAGAUGGAUAUAGAAGACUGCAAUGGACGCUCCUACAUAUCUGGAAUCUGUUCUUCCUGGAAGGUGAGUGGCUGAGUUCACCCUACCACUGCCAUGCAGACAUGCACACACAGCCUGUAUUUCAGUGCUGUUUCCAAGGAGUUGGCUGUGAGAACACUCCAGGGUAUCUUCAGCAAGGUAGAAUCAUGUAGUGGGGAUUCCUCUCUGGAGAAGGAGUUCAGCUCGGCGAUCGUGGGACCCACGGUGAGCACCCCAAACAGCCAGCACUCCUCCCCGAGCCGCUCCCUGAGUGCGAACUCUAUCAAGGUGGAAAUGUAUAGUGAUGAAGAAGCCAGCAGGCUGCUGUCGCAGGACGACCGCCUCCUCGAGAAAGAGGACAGCGUGAUUGUGGAGGACUCCCUCUCUGAGCCCCUGGGGUACUGUGACGGCACGGGGCAGGAACCUCACUCUCCGGGCGGCAUCCGGCUCCCCAAUGGCAAGCUGAAAUGUGACAUCUGCGGGAUGGUGUGUAUCGGCCCCAACGUGCUGAUGGUGCACAAACGGAGCCACACGGGAGAGAGGCCGUUCCACUGCAACCAGUGCGGAGCUUCCUUCACCCAGAAGGGGAACCUCCUGCGGCACAUCAAACUGCACUCUGGCGAGAAGCCCUUCAAAUGUCCCUUCUGCAACUACGCCUGCCGCCGGAGAGACGCGCUCACCGGCCACCUCCGCACGCACUCAGUCUCCUCCCCCACAGUCGGCAAGCCCUACAAAUGCAACUACUGCGGCCGGAGCUACAAGCAGCAGAGCACGCUGGAGGAGCACAAGGAGCGCUGCCACAACUAUCUGCAGAGUCUGAACGCUGAGCAGCAGUCGCUGGCCAGCCAGCAAGGCGAUGAGAUGCGAGACCUGGAGCUGGUGCCGGAUUCUCUGCUUCACUCCUCGUCCGAUCGGCCGACGUUCAUCGACCGGCUGGCGAACAGCCUCACCAAACGGAAACGCUCCACACCUCAGAAAUUUGUGGGGGAGAAGCAGAUGCGAUUCAACCUCUCCGACCUCCCCUUCGAUGUGAACUCCAGCUUCGAGAAGGACGUGGAGCUGGUGGCCGCCCACCACCCCAUCGACCCCAGUUACGGCAGCUCGCUGUCGUUUGUGGGGUCCGAGCACCUGCGCCCCCUCCGCCUCCCCUCCACAAACUGCAUCUCGGAGAUCACGCCUGUGAUCAGCUCCGUCUACACCCAGAUCCAGCCCAUCCCGGGCCGGCUGGAAAUCCCGGCGAGCCGAGAAGCCACUGAAGGCCACGAGGACAUUCCCGAGGGGGCGCAGAUUGUGUACCGGGGGCGCGACCAGGGCGUGUCGCCCAGCAACGGCUGCCAGGAUUCCACAGACACUGAUAGCAACCACGAAGAGAGGAGCUCGCAGCUGCCGGCGGGGAACUGCACCAGCAGCCGGCAGAGCCCAGCCUACGCCAAAGAGGACCCCAAGCUGCAGGAGGGCACCCCCGCUGCCCGAGCAACGCCCAGCUCAGCCAAAGACGUCCUGCGUGUGCUGAACGAGGAGGGGGAGCAGGUGAAAGCCUUCAAGUGCGAGCACUGCCGGAUCCUCUUCCUGGACCACGUGAUGUUCACCAUCCACAUGGGCUGCCACGGCUUCAGAGACCCUUUCGAGUGCAACAUCUGUGGCUACCACAGCCAGGAUCGGUACGAAUUCUCCUCCCACAUAGUGAGGGGCGAGCACAAAGUGUAGGCAAACUGUCCUCCCCCUUCGCCCUGACCUCCCUGUGACUCCUCCCCCGGCUCUAGCUCCGCUCCCCCGUUGGGCAUGGACCUCUUUUUCUUUUAUACUCCUUUGCACUGACUUUGGCUAUAAAAUAUUUAAAAAAAAAAAUCAAUAAUUAAAAAAAAAUCCCGAGGGGAGCUCUUAACGAUUUGCCUUUUUAUAAACGGAGUUAUUUAAAUAUUGUUAACGGAUUUUUUACAUUCUUUGUGCUUUUCCUUCCUGGUCCUCCCUUGGUUAUUUAUUAAGCUUUUGAUUUCUUUAGAAAACUCUCCCUAAAGCUCUUUGAAUUUUUGUCAGAGACUUGAUCUACUUCUCUCUGUGCCGAGAGGAGCACGUAAACCUCAAGCACAUGUUGACGUAACAUGCACACGCGUGAACACACGUCUUACGGUUUAAGCCUCUCGCCCCUGCCCCUUCCUUCUGACUCUUUUUGGUUUCAGUCCUGAGCCACCUGUCAAGCUGCCGUAAUCUCAGAUUAGGUGCUAAAGAGAAGAGAACUCCCCUGGCCAGGAAGCCCCGAGCUAGCCACAGGGAGUGUCCGUAGGGUGAAUGCGCCCCAAGCUUUAAUGGGAGGUGUCUCUGUGGCAUGAAACCGCCUGGAAUGCAGACCAGUGCCCCCGGGAGCCCUCUGUCCCGGAGGCGGCUGGUUGACGGCUUUGUGAUGAAGUCUCCUGUAGCAGGCAGGGUGAAGCUGUCGCAGUGCCACCUGCUGAAGGAAGGUGGAGCUGUGCAGGCCGUUUGCCAGGGCUCCGACGCUCAUGGCUUUUAAGUACAAACUGCGUCUCAGUUCAGAGGUAGGAGGGUAAAGGCUUGGCGGAUCUGGGUGGGAUCCAGCUGUGCCCGUGAGGAGAUUAAAGUACUUUACCCGGGAGGAUAGCAAGCAUCUGGGAUCCGCCGGCGGGUUUUGCUGAGGAGAACACUGGCUGAAUUCGCUUCCUUGUCAGUGUCUGGGCUCAGCUCUUGUAAGUGUGAGUAAGAAACAGGCCUAGGCCUCGGUCCCGGAUUAGGCACCCGCUCCCCCAAAGCACUUUGCUUCCUUUAGCAAGGAUAGCGGUGACCCCUCUGCCUGCUGAGCCCUGGGGACCUGGACCUGAUCCCACGAGGACCUUGGUAGUGUCACCUAGUGAACGGUCGCUGGGGACGGUAUCCAGGGAAGGAAGGACGGUCAUUAAACAGGCCAGCCCCUAGGAACCCUAAUCCCGUCCCUUCAUUCCAUGCUGCCUGGUUGAAGAGUUUCUUCCUCUUCAGCAGCUUUGCCCAGGGGUCACCGCUGGGCACUUUGCCGUCUGAUUCCGUAGCUUCCCAGGGAGCACGUGUCUGGCUCUUAUUUGCACAGAGGAAUUGGGUCCGUUGCAUAAGCCCUAAAGAGCUGCACUUUCAAUGCGGAAGCUUGUUGUUGGGUUGGGUUGGGGUUGCUUUGCCCCACAGGUAGCUGUGGUGCUGCGUGGCACAGCAGAGAGAUGUGGAAGUUGUGUCUCUAGCACUUGUGCGUAAGCAGAUUGUGUCUUUAGAGUGAUGUGUUAAAUG